AUGUCACGAAGCCUUUUUCUCUUAAUAUUAGCUCCGACGUUAGCUUUGGCAGCGAUUCAAUGUUAUGUUGGGCAAAAGUUGUUCGCUUUGGAAAGUAAUAUGGCAGUUUGUGCUCCAUUCGUUCCAUAUCAUUGUGCAAUUGCGUGUGAAUGGAAACACAAUUGCUCAUCAACGGUUGGAUAUGAGGCAUUCUCUGGAAGAAGGACUUUCGUUUCUGGCCUCUUAAUCAACUCUAAAUCGUUAAUGGCACUUUGUUGUACAUCGUUUGCGACAAAAAUUGAAUCUGAUAAUCGUGGUGAGCGUUGUGCGUGGAGAGAUUGGGACUCAAUCCCCGUUUUGGGUCCAUCGAUUCGAGCCGAACCUGUACUUGGAGUUAAUCAUUACAUUCGUGAUAUUGAAAUGGAAAGAGAUGGUGAUUCAAGAGUCGAUGCAAGAAUUGAAGUCUGUCAAUAUCAGAAAGAGAUGGAUAGUUGUCAAGCCGAGAAACUCGAAGAAGCUGAGCAACACCGAUUGAAUCUAUUAAAGCUGCGUUUGGAGCGUUUCCAAAGCAAGUACGAUCUACAGAAAGAGAAUCAGGCGCCGAAAAUCGAGGAACCGGUUGUAUCUCAU